UCUUUUCUCUCCCUGCUUUACACAUCAAACACUUGCAGCAAAUUGCAAGGACCACUCUUCUUUUUUCUACAUUUGCUUGCGUUGUUUUUAGUAAUAUAGCUUGGCCAGUGCCACCGCUAUCCAAAAACUAGAAGAUAAUAAAAUGGUGGCAAAAAUUCUCUUCUCAUUCUCAGUUCUUCUAUUCUUCCUUCUACAUUGUUCCACAACACUAGCUCAGGGUCCAGCAGCAGCUCCGGCACCACCCGGCCCCACCAACGUCACGAAAAUCCUCGAAAAGGCUGGUCAGUUCACUGUCUUUAUUCGGCUUAUGAAAUCCACCCAGGAAGAUGUUACACUAAAUGGUCAGCUAAAUAACACAAACAAUGGCAUAACUAUAUUUGCACCAAGUGACAGUGCCUUUCAGAGCCUAAAAUCGGGCACACUUAACUCCAUAAACGAUCAAGGAAAAGCUGAGCUUGUGCAGUUUCACGUUAUCCCAACUUAUCUUACAACUUCCCAGUUCCAAACAGUGAGCAAUCCAUUGACCACGCAGGCAGGAUCAGGUGACAGGUUUCAGCUUAAUGUCACCACUUCAGGAAAUUCAGUGAACAUAACUACAGGACUUACUAAUACAAGUGUAUCCGGCACUAUUUACACUGAUGGCCAGCUUGCCGUUUAUCAGGUUGAUAAAGUGCUACAACCAAUAGAUAUUUUCACCCCCAAACCCCCAGCUCCGGCGCCCGCACCGGAAACAGCAAAGAAGAAGAAGGCUAAGGCUGCAGAGAGUCCAGUUGUUCCAAAGGACGUUAAUGGUGCAGAAAGAUUUAUUGAGAGUAACAAUAUGGUGUUCUUUGGAGUUGGUAUAGUCACAGCAAUACUUUCUUUGUGACAUAAAAGGCUUUUGACAAGGCAUGCUGGGGUCAGGCGAUCAGUUUUCCUGCAAUGGUGUAUGAUUUUAAUGAGCCGGGUUGAAUAUGGCGGUGGUGGUGGUGAUUAUGAAGGCUUAUGGUGAGUGCUUUUUGAGUUUUUGUUUUGAGUAAUUGUUGUUUUUGUUAUCAGUCUCAAUUGUAUCAUUUAAUUAAGUUUGUGAUUAAGAUUGAAUUUUGAUGUUCUUUUC